AUGCCUAUUACCAAUGGCACUGUGUUUAUGCCCUCUAUGCUGAUACUUGUUGGAAUCCCUGGUCUGGAACUUGUACAAUGUUGGAUUGGGAUUCCAUUCUGUAUUAUGUACAUCAUUGCUUUAAUCGGAAAUACUCUACUUUUAACCAUCAUCAAAUCUGAGCGUAGUCUCCAUGAGCCCAUGUAUAUUUUCUUGGCCAUGCUAGGAGCCACAGACAUUGCACUUAGCACCAGCAUUGUACCUAAAAUGCUUGGAAUUUUUUGGUUUCACUUGCCAGAGAUCUAUUUUGAUGCUUGUCUCUUUCAGAUGUGGCUCAUCCACACAUUUCAGGGCAUUGAAUCAGGAGUCUUGUUGGCCAUGGCUCUGGACCGUUAUGUGGCCAUCUGUCAUCCCCUGAGGCAUGCUACCAUAUUCACUAACCAAGUAAUCACUCAUAUUGGAGUUGGGAUGGCAUUGCGGCCUGCAAUUCUAGUAAUACCGUGCCUAGUGCUGAUAAAGUGUCGUUUGAAACUAUAUAGAACCAAAACAAUAUCCCACACGUACUGUGAGCACAUGGCUAUUGUGAAGCUUGCCACUGAAGAUAUUUACAUCAAUAAGUUCUAUGGUCUCUUUGGUGCUUUCAUUGUUGGUGGGUUUGACUUCAUUUCAAUAACCCUCUCCUAUAUCCAGAUAUUUAUCACUGUGUCUCACCUGCCCCAAAAAAAGGCUCGUCUUAAGGCAUUUAAUACAUGUAUUCCCCACAUAUGUGUCUUCCUCCAAUUCUACCUCCUUGCUUUCUUCUCCUUUUUCACUCACAGGUCUGGAUCUCAUAUCCCACCAUAUAUACAUAUCACUUUGUCCAUUCUUUAUCUAUUAGUUCCACCUUUCCUCAACCCCUUUGUUUAUGGGGUGAAGACCAAGCUGAUUCGAGAUCACCUAGUAAAAAUGUUCUGUUCUAAAGACCAGGAUUGA